CUCUCGCUCUCUCUCUGUCACUCUCUGCUCUCUCUCUCUCUGUCACUCUCACUCUCUCUCACGGUCACUCUCUCUCACUGUCAAAUUGAGCCGUAAAUUCUCAUUUCACGAGUUAGGGCUUUGAGAUUGAUUUUGAAGGCAAAGGAAAGGAAGUUAGUUGCUGCUGGUUGUGCUUUUAUUUUUGACUCACCACCCAACUGCCAGCCCUCUGCCUUCCGGCCAGAUCUCCCACUCCGGCCCUCGAUCUGCUUUUCGUUCAUCUCUCGCUGCCGUCAAACACCAAAAACAAAGAGGCGAAAAUUCCUCCUUCCGCUGGUCUGAAGUAAAACCCAAAAACUUUCUUUAUUUCUUCACUACAGCUUCCAGACAAAGAUUGGCAGAAUUUGAUUGAGGCAGCUAUUCCUCUUAGGUCUCAUUACAGUACACCAGAGCCAAAGAUCGAUCCGCUCUAUUGUAACAAGCAUGGCAUUAGUCUUCAGUUACACAGCCUGCAGACAGCUGUCGCAGAUGCUUGUGGCAAUAAUCUUUUUUCACGGUUCUGAAUACAUUUUAGCAGUUGGCAUUCACGGGAAAUCAAAUGUCACUCUGAAAUCUCUUCUGAUCAGCAAAAACUAUCUGGUUGCAAUGAUUUUUUCCUUGCUGGAGUACUUAAUUGAAUAUAUUUUGUUCCCUGGUAUGAAGGAACACUGGUGGGUCAGCAACUGGGGCCUUGGAAUGCUUAUAAUAGGGGAAAUCAUUCGGAAGAUGGCAAUAAUUACAGCUGGUCGAUCCUUCACACAUCUCAUCAGGGUUCGACACUCGGAGCAUCACCAACUGAUUACAAAUGGAAUUUAUAGAGUUGUUCGGCAUCCUGGUUACUGUGGUUUCUUCAUAUGGUCAGUGGGCACUCAGAUAAUGCUUUGUAAUCCCAUAUCAACAAUUGCAUUUGCACUUGUAGUUUGGCGCUUCUUUGCACAAAGAAUACCGUAUGAAGAGUAUUUCUUGAGGCAGUUUUUUGGGUUGCAGUACGAGGAAUAUGCCAGACAAGUUCCUGCCGGGGUGCCUUUUAUAAAGUGAAGAUCCGAGGGAUUCUGAGGGAAGGGUUGAAUUCCUCUUGCCUCACUCAUCUUGCUUCUGCUAGAUUGUAGAAUAGUGUUGUCUUCUUUAGCUGAUAAAUGGGUUGCAGGUGAGACUGAGAAUGUAUCAGCCAA